AUCAAGCUAAUGGCGGCGAAAAUGCAUGUUUGCAAUUCAGAGAAAAUAUAAUCGAAAAUUUCACGAUGUCACUAUGGUUGGAGGUUUUUCUGUUUCAAAUAUUAUUUUUAGCCUUCUCUUCAGCAAGUCAAAGAAAUUUAAUACAUAAUCGGAGAGUCGGCGUGGUGCAUAACAGAAACAUCGGUGGAACGUCAGCAUUGUCAUCGAUUACUGGUAAACGCAGCAACAUAAUCAGAUGCUGUAGCACAAAAUCUUGUAUUUAUGACUCACAAUCCAAAUUGAAAACUUCAAAUUUCACUAAACUGAGAAGUCGUCAGCCUGCAACGCUUUCUUCACCAAUCCUCUCUGCUACCACAGACACGAUUUCAGAAACAGAAAACACCGUUUCAAUUAACUCAAUGACAGACACAUUCAGUGAAACAGCAACGGACUUAGAUACAAAUACUACUCUUCUUGGGAUUACAACAACGUUUGAUUUAGAAACAACUGUUACCGCAUCACUAAACUUUUCUACGGAUUCGAAUUCUCAAAGCAACAAUUUAGCCGAAACUUCAGAAGCAACAACCACCUCUUCAUUUACGACUUUACCAACGACAUCAAAAUCAACCACAACAACAGAAGAAUUAGCGUCAACCACAGCAGAAGAAAUAACUUCAACCACAGUAGAACAAGUUACAACAACCACAACAUUAUUGACAGCAACAAUGCCAACCAUAAGAAAUAUUUCAACCACAACAUUAAUGUCAAAUCCUACCCUAUCAACAAAAACGUCUAUCAUUAAUACAAAUAUUUCAACUACAACAUCAAAAUCAUCUUCAACCCUCUCAACAAUAAUGCCUAUCAUUACAACAAAUAAAACGUCAAUCGCAACAGUACCAGCGUUAACCACAACGACAAAAUCAACGUCAUCUAUGGCAGCAAUGACGUCAACCACAAGAGGAAGUACGACAACAAUUGACCCAACUCUGGUCGGGAAAUGUAAACCGGAAACUAACACCGCUGUCAAUAGGUCCCUCUUUGUAACAAAUGGAGCCAUUGCGGAUCCGAACAUGCACGGCUUUUGGCUUGAUGCGUGCGGUCAAACUCUCUUGCUGGGAAAAUCACUGGGCACUUGGCAGCAAAACUCAGCUAAGUGUUUCAGCUUAAACAUGCAGCCGUUCGCCUUUGAGAGCAAACAGAAGCUCGAAUGCAUGAAACUCCAAGCUAAGAGCUGGAUGUAUAAUAUAAACUACUGGACGGGCGGGAUGAAGGACCUGGCGAGCGAAAAGUUGAGUUGGUGCAAUGUGAAUGGCUCCGUGCCCUGGCAGCAGGGUGUCCUCCCCUUAGCAAACCUAACGAAGGACCAGAACUGUAUCCAAAUGCAAAUUUCUAAAGCAAAUGGCAACAUUUCGAUCAAGGACAGACGAUGCUCGGACACUUUAAUUUUUGCUUGCCAAGGCCCUCCAACAAAGCCUCCUAAGUGCUCCAGUCCUGUUUGUCCAAACGUCACGUGCCAGGAAGACCCUCUGCUUUUCACCAUGUUUGGUUCAGAUAAAGCAUUAACCAUAAAAAACCGUACUCUUCAUGGAAAGUGGGUAACACAGAAAUUGCGCACCUAUCUCUUCAGCGCCCAAAAUAACACUAAAACUUAUUUGGAUGCCAUGAAGACCUGUUGUAAUUUGGGCAUGUCUUUGAUGAGUUUGGAUGCGAAGCACAAGUACGAUGCUUUAGCAAACAUUUUCAACUCUUCCCAAAUGGGAGGAGAGGCCCAGAAUUUGACCUUCUGGACUUCCGGUACAGACGAGGGCUGCGAGUCAAAUUUUGGUUAUUGUUCGGCCAAACGGCUGUUCCGAAAUGAAACAAAGUGGAUGCCUGGACAACCGGACAACGCAGGAGGAAAGGAGAACUAUGUGGCCGUCCACAUUUGGCGCGACAUGCGUUCAGUUCUUCUUGCAGAUUACGAAGGGCAGACUAAAUUCAGAUACAUUUGCGAAAAAAGACGCAAUCCGCAGUCAAAGAAUGAAAAGCAGGCGAUUGUGGACGAGUGCACAAUCAUUUACGGCGUCACUUCAACCGAAAUUGAUUUGCUGAGAAAAGCGACGACGUUAGACAAGCGGAUGAAGUGCUUCGUACAAUGUGUUGGAGAUGCCAUAGGGCUGAUUGUUGGUGGAAUGAUUGUGGAGAGCAAGGUUUUUGCAAUUCUCGAGACCAUGGCUCUACAAAACAUGAGCGAGUUGAUGAAGAAUAUGGGCAUUGUAGAUGAAUGCAACAACAAAUCAACUGGAAUGGAUGUGUGUGACAAGGCAUAUGAAUUGGCUAAAUGUGCCAGGGACAAGGCGACAACAGUGUUUGACCAAAUCAUAAAAGAUUUGGACAAUCAAACUGCGCAGAGUGAUGGGCUGUUUACCAAGUCUACCGGUUGUGCUUCAAAUGAAACUUGCAUCGUUGAUAAGCCUUUGAAGGACCAAUUAAAUGCAUUAAAUCUGAACGCGUCUACAUGCGGUAACUUUGUCAACAAAACGUGGGCCUGCAAAUGCACUGAUUUAAAAACUUACAUUGUUGGUUAUCAAGGACCCUUAAUACACUCACUGGCAGUGAGUUUUUGCUGUAAGGUUGGAAUGCGAUUGGUGACGCCCUCAAAUUAUGUCAGAGCCACAAAUUGUGUAAAUCCGCUUCUUCAAUGGACCACUUGGAAAAACCGAUGCUGGGCAAUAACAAAUUCUGUCGUGGUCGACGUGACGAGUGGAUACAGCUACAAUUGCGAAACGCAAACAACUUUUUUUCCGACCAAGUUAAAUCCCUCUCAUAUAAUCAGGUUCGGUGCAAACGGAGCAUAUGACGGUGGACCGCUCGUCUCUUAUAAUACCCUCUUUAAUGGCAAGCCGGAAAUUAAUGCCCUUGGUGAAUUUUCCAUUGGUGCAUUCAUAUGCGAAGAAUUUUAAAUUAAAAUUAUUGCUCCGCAAAAUGUAUUGAAAAAGUUAUUAUUGUUUAUUCAUUUGGUUUUUUACUUUAGGAAAUGGUCAAACAUAUAAAGAAAAAUUG